UGUAGUUAGGUUGACAUCACAGCCAGACAGCCACUGGCCGCUAGCUCGAGUCUGACAGAGUCGGUUCAAUUUUCAUGAAUAAAACCGUUAAUCUGGUUGAGCGUACACAGUUCACCGAGGAAUAUCCAAACCAGUUGGACUACCAUGGAGUCUUAUGACAUUAUAGCUAACCAGCCGGUUGUGAUUGAUAAUGGCUCUGGUGUUGUCAAAGCUGGCUUUGCAGGAGACCAGAUCCCUAAAUACUGCUUCCCCAACUAUGUGGGACGUCCAAAGCAUGUUCGAGUUAUGGCUGGUGCCCUGGAAGGGGAUAUAUUCAUUGGACCUAAAGCUGAGGAGCACAGAGGGUUGCUGUCUGUGCGAUAUCCCAUGGAGCAUGGAAUUGUGAAAGACUGGAAUGACAUGGAGCGCAUCUGGCAGUAUGUCUACUCCAAGGAGCAACUGCAGACCUUCUCUGAAGAGCAUCCUGUUCUGCUUACUGAGGCACCACUGAACCCCAGCAAAAACCGUGAGCGUGCAGCUGAGGUGUUCUUUGAGACCUUCAAUGUUCCAGCCCUUUUCAUCUCCAUGCAGGCAGUUCUCAGCUUGUAUGCCACAGGCCGAACAACUGGUGUGGUGUUGGAUGCAGGAGAUGGCGUGACGCAUGCUGUGCCCAUUUAUGAAGGUUUUGCCAUCCCCCACUCCAUCAUGCGAGUAGAUAUCGCUGGACGUGACGUCUCUCGCUACCUGCGCCUGCUCCUGCGCAAGGAAGGCUAUGACUUCCACACCUCCGCUGAGUUUGAGGUGGUGCGCACCAUCAAAGAGAGAGCUUGUUACCUGUCCCUGAACCCCCAGAAGGAUGAAACACUUGAGACCGAGAAAGCACAAUAUACCCUCCCUGAUGGGAGCACUUUGGACAUCGGACCUGCACGGUUCCGUGCUCCUGAACUCCUGUUCCGACCUGACCUAAUUGGAGAUGAAAGUGAGGGCAUCCAUGAAGUGCUGGCCUUUGCUAUCCAGAAAUCAGACAUGGACUUGCGACGCACACUCUUUUCUAACAUUGUCCUGUCUGGAGGCUCAACACUCCUGAAAGGUUUUGGGGACCGGUUGUUGAGUGAAGUGAAGAAGCUUGCACCCAAAGAUGUUAAAAUAAAGAUCUCAGCGCCACAGGAGAGACUGUACUCUACAUGGAUAGGGGGUUCCAUCCUUGCCUCACUAGACACCUUCAAGAAGAUGUGGGUCUCCAAGAAGGAGUAUGAAGAAGACCGUGCCCGUGCCAUCCAUAGGAAGACCUUUUAACGUGGAAAAAUUGCACUAAGCCCCCAGCCACCCCUCAUGCCUAUAGUUUCACCCCCCCCUCCCCACCACCUUCCAUCCUAGCUUUAAUCUCCUAGACUCCCCUCUUGUCCUUAUGGUCGGGGAGUUUCCUGGACUCCUCCUCAUCGCAGCUAGGCAUGCCUUCUGUUGCCCCAUCUCUGACCCCUCUUAUUGGGAUCCUGCCAGGACUGGGAAAAGGAUAUGGGCAAGCGUUGCAUUCUCAGACAGGUCUGCACCCCAUCUAUGACCAUCGAACUUUACAAAAAAAGGCUUCCGAGGGGCAUCAGUAAAUAUUGGUAACUGUUUUUGUUUUGUCCAUUGAUCAAGGGCAGUGCUUAUAUGCUACACAAAGGUAUUUAUUACACUCUUUACUGUGCCCAGUGAGAUAGGAUCAUAUCAUCCAUUCUAUUGAAUAUGAAGGCAAAUAUUUUAUGCUCUUAUUAUAAUUUCAUUCCAAAUAAGAGAGGAUUCUCAGCAUUUCCUUCCCCAGUCAUCUGUUUGAUGACCCCCCCCAUGGAUGUCGAAAGUAAAAGUCCGUUCAAAUUUGUCUUUUCACUUUACUUGUCAAAAUGGUUACUGUGCAAGAACAAUGAGAAAUCUGCAGUAAGCGAUGACAGUUGUUUUCCACUGCUCCAGUUUUCUGUAAAGAACACUAUGGAGGGCGUUUGGUUGUCUCUCUGUGUGUCUCUCUUUGACUGUAUCAAGGCUGAUACCACUCCAGUUCAGAACAUCUGAAUAGCAUGAUAUGAGAAAUAACGUAGUUGGUAGGUAGAUUUGCUUUUUCUAGAAACUUGAAUAACUGUCCACCCUGGCAGUGCGCGCUGUUGUAAAAGUUUGAACUUGUAAUGGUUUCACCUCAAUGGUGCACUGGUGGUUAAGGUUUCCUGAAAUUUGGUACAUGGUUUUUCUCAUGUAGUAGAUGACAGCAAUUCAGACUGAACAAUCGGCGAUAAAAGGGAUGAACCAUGAGAUUAUCAUCCAUUUUUCUGUCUGAAUGUCAAAACUGUCAAAACUGCUGUGGCUGAUGGUAGAUCCUCAAAGGCCACAAUAUUUCACUGGGCUUUAAGAUUGUCUUUCAGAGAAUUCAACCUUAUUUUCUCAUUUUUGAUUAGUCUCCCCUUAUUCAUUGGCUCUAUGUUAGAUUGACAUUGUUUGAACUGCUUCUCAAUGGUGAUGACAGUAUUUUUAGAUUUUUCUUGUCCAGUAGCAUCCUUUGCAAUUGGUUCAGUAAGGAUUGUAUGGCCACACGUUCACUGUUCACUUCAUUAUGAAAUCACACGUGCAGAAGAUGGAAUCGUAUAGAGAAGAAUGUUGGAGUGCUGUACGGUGAUGCAUCGGGUCCGAGAAUGCGGAAGCACAAGUGGGUAUCCAAUUCAGUCUCUGUGCCCUGCUCAGGCUUGGGUAAAUGGGUAAAUGUUUUUGUUCGGUGAAUGUGGGGUGCUUUCCGUAGGGGUGCUGCAAAAGGUUAUUUACAGUCCCAUUCUGUCCAGAAUUAGAUUCGCCUUACUAUGGUGUCUGCAUUGGAGCAUCAACAAAAUUGCUUUGUUGUUUUUUUGUUUUUUUAAAGGUAAACAAUUCAUCAGCCUUGUGUACAGUGGAUUGCUAUUCAAAAAAGAGAAAAAAAAAAAAAGUCACGAAAAGGACUAAAAUGUACAAAACUGUUUCUUCAACUGUUGCUUUUACUUUUCAUUUUGUAAAUUCAAUAUAAUAAAUAAAUUAAUGACUGCUGUCUGAACUAACCUGUACUGUCUUCCAUGGAAAAAAGACAGAAACAUCUGUGGAUGGCUUGACACAACAUCUUUUCAGUUAAGUGUAGCAUAUGCUCUCUAAGUAAUGCGAUGUCAUUGGUCUUUAUUUUCAAUUGUACUUACAUAAAAGGUGAUGCAUAUGUCAUUAUACAGAAGUGGUUGAAUUUGGAAAUUGGCAGAACAUUGAAAUAAAUUAAAUGUUAUCCCUGAA